UUAUGUGAUUAUAAUUGAAAGAUCUGUGUUAUAAUUUUACAUACCAAAAAAUUAUAAAGUGUUAGAUAACAAAACGCAGUUGCUGAGUCUUGGAUAGUAAAUAUGUUGUUUAGUGUCGAUGUGCUUCAACUUACAUCUAACGUAGUGCUUGAUUUUGAUUAUAUUUAGCGACCAGCCUAUGGACUAUUUUCAGGGAAAUUCAGUAUAACCACGCAGAUCCUGGUUAAACUACACGGCCAUUAUGAACCAAGCUCAAAUUGUUCUGUUGUUUCUGCUUCCGUGCUAUGUGGUGGCUUUAAAUGAGUGUGGUAUAUGUAACUGCUGUAAAGGGGGACUUUCGAGUUGUCAGCUUGUCGAAAGCACUAAUAAUCGCUGUUUAGAUGGUUGCAUUGGUGGAUAUUACGGUGCACUUUGCCUGCAAAAGUGUAUUAAUCAUUGUAUGACGUGUUCAAAUUACAAUUCCUGUACAAAAUGUUACAAUGGAUACUACGGGAGCUACUGUGGUAAAUGUAAAGAAAAUUGUCUAACAUGUUCUAAUAGUUAUAGCUGUGAUAGUUGUAAGGAAGGAUUUUAUAAUGGUAAAAAAUAUACAAAUAGUCUCUAUACUUUUCAAGAUUGUCCGCAUGAAUGUCGAGAUAAUUGUAAAUCAUGCACAGCAUAUAACACAUGCACCGCGUGUAAAACUGGAAAGUAUGGAACCUCGUGCCAUCUUAACUGUGGGCGUGGGUGUACAGAUCAACUGUGCGACCAAUAUUAUGGUACUUGCACUUGUAUGACAGGAUUUACAGGACACAGAUGUGAGGACUGUGAGCCAGGCAAAUAUGGAGCAGAGUGUAGCAUGUCAUGUUCGAAAGGCUGCUUAAAUAACAACUGUAAUUCAAACAAUGGGGAUUGCUUCCCCUGUAAGCCAUUGCUCACUGGCAAUAAAUGUGAUCAAUGUACCAACAGAAAAUACGGAGAUAACUGUGACAAGAACUGUCCACCGAAUUGUGUAUAUUGUAGCUCAGAUAAAGUGUGUUCUUUAUGUGAUCCAGGAUAUCAUGGAAAAAGUUGUGAUCAAAUUUGUCCAGAAAAUUGUGCCGGAAACGUCUGUACUCAAGAUGGAUUUUGUUCUUCGUGUAAAAUUGGCUACUACGAUCAGUCCUGUUCCACAAAGUGUUCAAGUAACUGCAAAGAGUGUAACCAGUAUAGCGGAAGGUGUAAAACAUGUAUAAAUGGUUACCAUGGUACAGAUUGUGAUCAUUUGUGUCCGUCGUAUUGUAAACCUGGAACAGCAUGUCCAAACGGACAUUGUAGUGAAUGUCCUGAUGGUUUUUAUUACAAUUCCAAUUGUGAUAAUCCUUGUAAUUCAAACUGUAAGAUAUGUAGCGGUGAAUACUGGAAAUGUACAGUCUGUAAAGAUGGCAAAUUUGGAAAAUAUAGCCACUUACAAUAUCUACAAUGCGGUUCAAGCUGUCCAAACAACUGCUUGAACAAAAGUUGCAAUGGAAUAACAGGAGACUGCGAAUAUGGUUGUAUAAAUGGAUAUUGGGGAGAGCAGUGUGGCAUGCCUUGUUCAAAAUUUUGUAAAGAAAAUAAAUGUUUUGCAAAUAAUGGCACAUGUGCACUUGGCUGCUUAGAGGGAUUUACAGGACCAAAAUGUAAUUGCCCUUUGAAUUGUAAUUGUAAUGAAGCUGGAUCAUGUUACGAAUGCAAAGACAACUAUGAAAAGAUAGAACGAAAAUGCACUUGUUCUAGAGAUAUUUGUACGGACACAAAAUGCACGAAAUGUUCAAGUUCAAGUUACUAUUUAUAUAAUGAAGUUUGCUGUCGAUGCAGCGUGACAUGCAGAAAUAAUGAAUGUUCAUCUGCAUCAAAAUGCAUGAACGGAUGUAUUGAAGGAUAUAGUGGAGAAGGGUGCUUAGAAUUAUGCAAACAGUUUGAUAAUAAAUGUGAAAUAUGCACGCCAGAUUUUACAGCUUCAAGCGGUGAGUGUCUUCAGUGUGAACAAGGUUAUUAUCCCGAUGCCAUAACCAGGCGGUGUACACGCUGCCCAGGCAACUGUGCAGAUGACACGUGUAGUUCACAAAAUGGAACUUGCAAAACGGGUUGCAAAGAUGGAAAAUGGGGGAUCAAAUGUGAGAACAAUUGCAAAGCACUUUGUGCCCGGUGCAAUCAGAUUGACGGUAAAUGUUCUGUGUGUAAAGGUGGAAAAUAUAUGGCGGACUGUAGCAAGGAAUGUAGUACUAGCUGCAAUGCUACAAACGGUAUAAGGUUAUGUGCAUUAGAAGAUGGCUCGUGUCUGAAUGAAUGCGAUACACUUUCGAAAUUUGGUACAUACUGUGAAAAAAAUUGUAGCAUCAAUUGCUUAAACCGUACAUGCCAUUCCAAGACUGGUAAUUGCUUGAAUGGGUGUAGUGGUAACUUUUAUGGAAAGCUUUGUGAUAACAAAUGUGAUAUAAAUUGUCUUACAGUAAAUGAGGGUAAAACUUGCAAUGAGGUAACUGGACAUUGCAUUAAUGGCUGUAACGAUGGAUAUUUUGGUGACUUCUGCAAUCAGAGAUGUAGUAAAAAUUGUGUUAAUGACACCUGUUAUAGGAAUUCCGGGGAAUGCUUUUACGGAUGUGUGACAGGUUAUACAGGCUCAAUAUGCGCUGUGGCUGCAAAUAUUGGCACGAAUGGAGACGACUUGAAUGUGACUAUUGGUGCUGCUGCUGGGGCUGCCCUCUUCGUCGUUCUGAUACUUGUAGUGAUUGGUGUGGUCUUGUUAAUAAGGAAGCGCCACAGAAGAGAAACAAGUGGGAAAAAUGACAUGACUGAAAUAAAUGACAAUACAGACACAGCAGCGACGUACAGUGAAAUCGUAACCACCGGAUUAUCGGUGGAGUCAAAUGAUACAGAUGCAGUAUAUGCAAUGCCUAACAAACCGAAGAAAAACAUUGAGAGUGAAAAGAAACGAAAUGAUUUUUCAUCAACAAAGACAGAUAGCAAUCCAAACUACGAGGAAUCUCAAUCUAACAGCAAUGACUUUGUCAACAAGCAAAAAGAUCGCAAACCGCCAGUUACUGGAAAACCUACAUCAUUGUAUGACAAUACUGCUGUAAGAGUAUCUGUUUCAAGGACUCCAGCUUCACAGAAAGCCUUAUGGCAUUCAGAGGACUCCGCGUUGGAAAUUGAGGAAGAUAUUGACAAUUUGAUAAGAUCUAGCAAAGCAAAAUCGGUCAUACUAGCAGAUGGAACAAAAGCCGCAGAAUCGGAUAUUGCAGACACAUAUUACAAUGUAACAGCGGUGAAGAAAAGAAAAAAUUCGCUUGAUCAGUUGCCUGAGUGUGUUUCAAAGAAGACAAAGGCAGACUUUGUUGAAGAAUUUCAGCAAUUACCUCUGGGGCUUAUCAAACCAUAUGUACACUCACAGAAAAGGGCAAACCUGUCAAAAAAUCGAUACAAGGGAAUAUAUCCAUACGAUGAUACCCGAGUUGUGCUGAAAGAGGGCGAUUCUGACUAUAUAAACGCAAGUUAUAUAGAUGGGUAUAACAACAGAAAAGCUUAUAUCGCGUCAAUUGGUCCUACCUUUAAGUACAUGGGAGAUAUGUCUGCUUUCUGGAUUAUGGUCUGGCAGGAGAAAGUAGGCAAGAUUGUCAUGUUGACUAAACUUGAUGAAGGAGGGGCGCCAAAAUGUGACCAGUACUGGCCGGAGAAAGAUUUUAGUUUGAUGUAUGCAAGUAUACAAGUCACGUGCCAAAGUGAAGAAAGCUAUGCUGACUACACCGUCAGGUCCUUUACUCUCCAGAAAGAUUCAGAAAAACGAAAAAUUGUUCAAGUUCACUUUACGGCAUGGCCAGAUAAAGGAGUGCCUGAUGAUGUCACAAGUUUGAUAGAAUUUCGUCAGAAGGUCAUCAGUACUAAGACUGACCUGGAAGGUCCUAUACUUGUACACUGCAGUGCCGGUAUAGGCAGAACAGGAACGUAUAUUGCCUUAGAUAGCCUGACAGAGGAAGGAGAGGCUGAAGGUGAAGUGGAUAUAUACGCAUUUGUAAGGAAUAUGAGGGAGCAGAGAGUUAACAUGGUGCAAACUGCUGAGCAAUACCAAUACCUUCAUAAUGCACUGGUGCACACGCUGACAUUUGAUAGCAAGGCUGUGGAGGCUUCAAAGUUUGAUAAAUACAUCACAUCACACACAGAUGAUCAUCUUGGGGAAAAGUUUGAGAAGCUCCAAGCAUCUGUUGAACAAAGAUCAGACGAUGAAGUAGAUGCCGUUAAGAGAAACCAAGCUUUGAGAAAUAAAAACAGAGUCGGAGCGGAUAUUCCCGGGGACCGAAACAGACCUAAACUGUAUCUAGAGAGAAAACUGGGUUCCUCCGAUUAUAUAAAUGCAGUUUAUAUUAACAGUUAUACAACGAUAAACCGUUAUCUGGUAGCCCAGACACCUCUGCCCGACACUGUUGUUGACUUUUUAACAUUGCUUGUUCAAGAGAAAGUAUCAUGCAUUGUCAGCAUGGAAACCGAUUCUGUCGAUGACAAGAAAAUUGGAGCAUUUUACCCGGCUGAUAACCAGACACUUAAGAAAGGCACGUUCACAGUCAAGUCUAAGCGGGAAAAGGACACAGAGCAAUAUGUGCUAAGAAAAUUGGAAAUUGCACACAAAGGAAAGUCUGGUACAGAAGACGUCACAAUUCAACAUAUCCAAUUCACACAUUGGAAUGAGCACAAAAACAUUCCAGAAGAACCAGCAAAGUUUGUACAGUUUGUAAAAGAUGUAGAAAUGAAGUAUGGAGGCAUUAAAUCAAGAGGACCGAUAUUGGUGCAUUGUCUAACUGGUGCUGAAAAAAGUGGAUUAUUUUGUGUCGUUUCCAACCUGUUAGAGAAAACACAAAUUGACCAGGAAACAAGCGUAGUAAACGCAGUGCGGCAAAUCAAGUAUAGACGACAUAUGUCAGUUCCAAAUAAAGACCAAUACAUUUUCUGUCACCAAUGCGUGAAUGAAUAUCUACGCACCUUUGACAUCUACUCCAAUUUUGAACUCAAGACUUAAUGUUGCAGUUAUCAACAACGACAAAAUGAUAAAAGAUGUUGAUAAAUAAUCGAAAUCUGACUAUAAGAAUUAAUUGGACAAAUCGGAUAUCAAACACUACAGGACUGAUCUACGUAAAUAUAAUUGCGACAUUAAACAGGGUUUUACAAACCUUAGGUAUCGUUCGGAAGAAACAUUGGUAAACACCAUGUUCAUAUCUGUUACAUAUAUGUGUAUAGUUGUAAUAUUAUUGUUCAUUUCUUUUAAACAAUUAUUAAGUUUUUGUACAUACAAUCUGUACAUUGUGCUCACAUUAAUAUAAUAUCAGCAUGGUCAUAUUCCAUGUUAACACAUUGACAAGCCUAAGUUAGAAUUCACUAAUUCCAGUCCUUUUUUUAUUUCUUGUAGAAAUGGCCGCUUCAGAGCUUAUCUACGUUUUUUGUAAAACAACACUAUUUUCGCAAUACAUUUUUCAUUUCAUGACAUUUCUUUAAAAACUAAUGAAAACAAUAGAAAGAAAACAGAGCGUUGAAUAACUCCUAGUGAAAUUACAGUCAAUUGUUGUAUGCUACCCUAAAACUUACGUAUUAAUUGUUCUUUUGGCCGCAAUUAAACCCUUACAUUUAAACAUAUGUGAUAGAGAUCAAUAAAAUUGCACCUUUACCAAUCCAACCUGCCCUUUAUUACAGAACCUGUACUAUUGAGACAUUUUGAUACAAGCGUCACUACAAAAUACUUUCUGAUAUUUUUCAUUGUUAAAAGUUAAUUUUAUACCAUAAGUAAGUUUACAAAAUCAUACCAAGUAGUUUUUAAAGGAUAAAUCAAACACAUGAAUAUAUCCUAAAUGUUUUUGUUGUGCAAAAUAUGUACGAUAUUGUGUAUAAAACCGUUUUCAUUUUCCACUCAUUUGUGUGAAUUACAAGGGAAGUAAACUUAUAGAUACCUCUGGCCUACAGAUUACAACUUUAAAUUACAUACUGUGUGUGUUCGGGUUUCAACAGUUUGUCAGACAUAUCAAAGACGGUGUCUACUUGUUGCAGUUGAUAGUACAGCCUCACUGGAAUAUCACGCCGUAGACACGUGACAUGAUAUCCCACCCAGACACAUUAUACUGACACCGGGCUGACCUGUCCUAGCGCUAUCAUCAUAUUGCUAAGCGCCAAGCGAGGAAGCUACAAGUACCACUUUUACGUCUUUGGUAUGACGCGGCAAGGCGGUUUAAAUUAGAUAUUAAAACUUCUGUUAUUGAUAUAAAAAAAUCUAUCAUAAAUUUCACAUUAUUAAAAUCAUUGUUGGUUAUUAGAAGGCCUUAGAAAUCAAUUUCUCGGCAUUAUUUAAUGUUUUGCUAUCUUUGAAAAUUUUAGGGUCUAUCUCUAGUAUAUUCGCUUUCGAUACGCAAAACUUGCCAUCGUUAGGAUUUAUUACAUUUCUUGCUAAAUACAUUCUAGGGGUGACAAAAACUCGUUCUACAUUUACAAGAAACUGCUCAAAAACACCGGAAAAGUCGGAUCUGUUUAAUUUGGAUGUACUUUGACUACAUAAUGAAAGCACAUUUUUGAUCAAAUUACCGACCGUUAUCCCGUAAUGUAACAAUAUUUUGCAAAACAAUUGCUCUUUCAAAGUUACAUAUAUUGGGGAGACUUUCAUAUGAGAGCGCAUGUUUCGUGUAUGUGUUAGACAUGUUAACAAACACAAGAUUCUGAUACAAGAAAUAUGUAUAAUUGAUCUUUCUCACAGAUAUCUGUGCAAUAAUGCUGUUACUAAAAUACUAAUAAAUAUGGUCCCAUUACGAGACUACAUUUUUUGUAACUCAUUGAAUGUUUUCUACUGUUAUUUGCCAGUAAACAAUUAAAACAGAAACUAAUAUUCUUGUAAUGUAUAUAUAUGUUUUUCCAUGACACAUGUAUAUAAUUAUUUCUAUUUUUAUUUCAACUUUAUAUACAAUUGUUAAAUUUCACAUCAUUAAUAAAAUGCUGUAGUUUCGUUUU